AUGCCGUCUGGAAAGCCCAACACGUGCAAGCGCGCUGCUGCCGCCACACUCCACCAGCCACACCACACCACUACAGCUGCAAGUGACCCUGACAACGGACCCAGCCGCUGGAUUUGUUUACUUGGCUGCGUCUCGAUGCAGUGCCGUUAUGCAUUAACCUCCCCUCUCACAGCAUAUCCAGGGCCAAUCCACUGGUCCCAUAUCUCUGACGACAUUUUUCACGAUCAUCUGCAUUUUGUGCCUCAGCCAAGCACCCAAGCAGCUCCGCCUACCGUUUGCUGGCCAACCGAUUGCGGGCACCGUCACAGCACAGAUCCCUUUACCGAUUACAUUAUGUCUAUCUCGACAACGUUCAAGCCCUCUCCCCUGGGCCUCGGAUCGCCUCCCAGCGUUCGAAACUCUCCAUUCCGAAGGGGCGAAUCUCCGGCUUCGCCUUCACCCCUCCGACACAUAACACACACAAGUUCGCCUACCAAAGGCGCCGCCACCACAACACCCAACGGCGCGUCGAGAUUUGCGAGGCCAACGACGCCAACCAGGGAUCCAUCUGACACCAAAGAAGAAGAGAAAACGCCAGUCAUGACCACUCCUACAAGGGCGUCGCCGCCGUCGUGGAAGGCUGGGUCAAAGCUGGCGGUGGGCGGCUCCUUGGGCGGUAGCAAUGCUCUCUCACAGCUUCAGCCGACUCAAGUUAGGACAUUGAGGGAUGGGUUUCAGAUUCUGGAUCGGGACUGCGACGGAGUGGUCAAUAGAGAAGACGUUGCCGACAUGCUCGGUCAGCUUGGUCUCCCCUCAGGCUCCUCCGACAUAGGACGCUUCUUUCCGCCAUCGAAACCGCAAACCAUCACGCUAGCCGCUUUCCUCAACUCGCUGGCGGAGUCCUUGGCUCUGCUGUCACCAAAUACCGAGCUCCUAUCUGCGUUUUCGGCCUUUGACGAGGACGACAGCGGUCAGAUCGACUGGGCGGAGCUGAGGGAUGCUCUGCUCAACACACCGCCAGAAGCUGGGCAGUCAGCACUCAGCGCUGCGGAGGUGGACAAGGUGGUCGAGGGGUUCACGGGCCGGCGAGCCUUCAACCGCAACAUGAAUGCGCACUUAUCGGCACGACGGGGUGAAGUGUUUAAAUACCAGGAAUUCGUCCACUCAAUCAUGGGCUCCAACGGCGGGGCCGAGGGAGGGGCACAUGAAGGAGAGGAGCAGUGA